AUGGACUCACAUUACGAGUUCGAGGACAUCAAACCCCUGUGCGCAAUCACCGAGGUUGUCAACAGCAUCGGAAAUGAUUUUCUGAGGCAAACCCUCCACCCGGACCCAUGUGCCCAUUGUGCGCUGCCCAUCCACGACAAAUUCCUGUGUCGAAUUCGGGAUACGUCUUACCACGAACACUGCCUGAACUGCUCGAUUUGCCAUCUGCGCCUCUCGGCAUCGUGCUACGAGCGGAAUGGUCAACUCUACUGCCAGCAGCACUAUUUUGAAAGCCAUAGCCCCUACCACUGUCUGCGGUGCAAGCAGGGUAUCGCACCGUAUGAUGUUGUCUACAAGGUUACGCCAACGAUGACUUUCCACGCGGAAUGCCAUAAAUGCUCGCGGUGCGGCAAGCAGUUCUCGACCGGGCAGCAAGUUUCGGAACCGGGCCCAUCCAACCUGUGCGCCAACCUGAAAAUCGAUGUCGACGAGCCAGUGCUCGAUCCAACGAUGGGCGGACUCCUCGACCCGAUGAGCCUCCCGUUUGUCUUCCCCUACGACCAUCCAGGAUUUGCGUACGUCGAUGCUUUCGACGAUGACAACAAGUUUUUGAAACGGCGUGGCCCUAGGACGACGAUCAAACAGAAUCAGCUCGACGUGCUGAACCGUAUCUUCACGACGACACCAAAACCGUCGAAGCACGCAAGGGCAAAGCUCGCCGGCGAGACGGGCCUCUCCAUGCGGGUCAUCCAGGUAUGGUUCCAAAAUCGGCGUAGCAAGGAGCGAAGGCUGAAGCACCUGUGCAACUAUUUAAGGCAUUUCGAACAACGCGGACUGCCGCCCCCACCCAUGCAUUUUCCCGAUGACCUGGCAUCCGAAGUGGGGAUGGAUGCCUCAACCUCUUCCCUUCAAUCCCUCCACCACCCCCUUGGUGAACCCCUUCAUCUGCAAAUUCCGAUGUACUCCAUCGAACAAGGCGGAACGCCGAAAAAUAUGCAU